GACCCUCGGAAGUCUGAAUGGUCAUUGCUUAUUUAGCCUAAAUAAAUUAUCAGUGAAAUUCUUACUGUAACUUCAUGGUCAAAUACUAGUCAUACAUGUAAUAAAUUCUGGACGUUGCUUUAGCAACAUGACUGAACAAAAUCUUGUUUGUUUACUGCAGAAGCCCUCUAAAAACCGUUCACAAGUCAUCUCAUAUCAGCUAUCAAAGAUAUUUAAAAAUUUGUAUCAAUUUUCGGCUUUAGAUGAUGAUAUAAUUUCAUACUUGCAGGCGGCGAAAGACAGUGAUGAUGCGAAACAUUCAUUGUAUAUAAAAGAAAUUGAUAAGGUUUUGGAAAAGCAUAAAGGUGUUAUUGAUGAGGUGAACACUGCAGAAUCACGAAUUAGGGAUUAUAGUUUGAGUAAACAUUUAUUUCAUAACUCAGAAAACGAAUCGCCAAGACCAGUACUCAGCAAUUUGCUUAGUUUUGAUGAAGUGGAUGACUCAUUUUUAGGUGACCUUGGCUUUUUGACAAAGGAGGAUAUUUAUUUCAAUGGAAAACCAAGAAGCCAUGGUUUUCCAGUUGUAAAAAGUUCUAAACAUUAUGAAGACGCUGAGAAUGUUGAUAUUUUACCAGCAAUCAAAUCAGUCGUAAAAUCUAGAGGAAAAACCGAACAACUCAAAAACUUUAAUCCUAAGAGUUACUUAAAAAAUGAUGAUAUAAUAUCAAGUAUAAAUUUAAUACCUCCUACAAGACAACUAAUUCCAUUUGGGAAAAGAACAAAAGAAAAUAGAUCGUUAUUCCAAGCUGAACCCGAAUCAAUUAUUUUUAAGUCUUACCUAACAGGAAAUAUGUAUGAGGCUAUUGUUAAAAUACGCAAUAUUUCUGACAGUAGCCGACCAAUUCGAAUUCUUCCACCAAAAACAACAUAUUUUUCAAUUAAUGAGGGUAAAUUUCCACGACCAGGUAGUAGUAUAAUUGCACCGGGAAUGGCAGCUGUAUUUCUAGUACAAUUUUGCCCAGAUAAUGUUGGUGAUUUCGAAGAUGAAUUUAUAGUUAAAUAUGAAAAUCAACUAGAACCACUUUGUGUUAAACUGUUAGGACAAAAAUCACGACCACAACUUAAUAUACUUGACUGUUACGAUUUGGGUUAUGCAUUAAAGGGUGGUGCAAGAGUAAACACUAUUCAACUAAAGAACUGUAAUGCAGAGAUUGCGUCUAACAGUAAAUUCCUUUUUAUUACACAAGAGGCAUUUAGUGAAUGUCAACAGUAUGGUGCAAAUAAUUUCACAGAAUUUUACUCAUUGCAUGUGAAUUCCUCUUCAACUAGUUUAUGCUUGGAAUCAUUUUCUCUCAAACCAGUCAAUUUUGAUUUGGAAUCAUUGCAAUCGAUCACAAUAACAGUAGAGUUUAAACCAUUGUGUGUAGCAGAAUAUAAAUGGGAACUUGUAUUGAUUUCUGAUAAUGGUCAAUUUUUCCCGGUGACAUUCAAAGGUAGAGGGGAAGAACCUCAAUUACAAAUAAUCGAUAUUACUGAUCAGAAUCAGUUAUCUACUUCAAAUAAAUCGUCAACUACUUUUAGAAAAGUUGAUACUAUUUCAAAUGAUCAAUUUUAUUUCUAUCAAUUUCCAAAACAUUAUCCCCACACUAUUUCACCAAAAACAAUGACAAUAAGAAAUUGUUGCUCAGAACCUUUACGUUUUCAAUGGAUUCAGGAAGAUGAAUUCAGUGGAACAAAUCUUCCAGAGUAUACUUCAGAUAGUUUAAUUAAAAGUGAUGAUGUAUUGAAUCAACGUAAAUCUUUAUCAACAACAAGUGUAAUAUCUUCAUCAGAUAAUCAAACCGAUAAUGAUGUACCAUUAUUAUUUACUAUUAAUCCAACAACUGGUGUAUUUGAAAUGAAUGAAAUGAAACAUUUUCAAAUUUGUUUUAAUCCAACUCAAGUUGGAACAUUUAGAACACAAUUGGCAAUAGUAUUGCUUGGUAUACCAGAAGUAGAUGAACAAGGAAAUUGUUAUAAAUUAGACAAAAAACACUUAACAAUUGAAUUAGAAGGGACAGCAGAACCACUUUCAAUAUCAAUUGAACCACCAAUUUUGAUUAUUCCUGGAAAGUGCUUGCUUGAUGUUCCUGUAUACCGUACUGUGCAGUUAGUGAAUAAAUCCUCCAAUUGUUCUGUAACAUAUUCAUGGCAACAUAAUUUUAACAUUGAAAGAAAUUCUAUCAAUUUAAGUGAUUGUACUCAAUCUACAACAGAAGUUCUUCAAUCAAGUAGACAACAAAGUUCAAAAACGUUUAGUGAAAUAGAAAAAUCAAAUAAUGCUUUAAUUGUUUUAGAACCAACUAUAGGUUCAAUUGAUCCUGGACAAUCAAUUAAUAUUGAUAUCAUGGUAUCAUCUUCAAAAUCUAUUACAAUUAAAGAAAAUAUUCCAUGUUUUAUUAAUAUAUUACCUAAUAGUCCACUUUGGUUAUAUAUUGAAGUUGAAUUUUCGGGCCCUACCAUUAUUUUUGAUAGAACAGACUGUAACUUUGGUCUUAUGCGUCCGAAUGAAACAGCUGAAAUGGAUAUACUACUAACGAACACUACCCCCUCUCCAAGAAAAUGGUUUGUGAAAAUGGAAACAUUUAUUGACAAGUUUGGAUCUGACUUACAAGCACACCCAUCUUGUGGAGUCAUAAAACCCUUCCAAUCAGUAAAAAUGAAUUUGAUUUUUACACCACAAGUAACAAGAAGUGUUCGUGAUAUUAUUACUGUACAUACUGAAGAUUCUGAAGAAAUAAGCAAACUUUUAAUCAUAGCAGAAGUUCAAACUCCACUGAUUGAUUUCCAUCCACUUCAUAUUGAUUUUAAUCAAUGUUUUUGGAAUGUUCCUGUCACUGAAACAGUAACAAUCACGAAUUUAAAUAUGUUGGAUUGUGAUUUAGAAUGGAUUGAACCUAUUGGAAAUGAUAAAGAAUGGGUUACAAUUAAUGUGAUCCCCAAAACUUAUCGAAUCAUAGGUCAACAAAGUCAAUUAUUUGAAAUUUCGAUAUGUGCUCAUAAACAGAAAUCAGUUGAAGAUCUUCAAAUCCCUUUACGUGUAAAUGGAUUGAAUGAGUUUUUAUAUUUACCAAUUACAGCUAAAGUCCAAGGAUUGUCAAUAAACUAUUUUCCAUUCAAUCAAGAUAUAGAUUCAAUAUGCAAAGAAAGUUCUCAUGAAAAUAUCGAUAUUCCAAACAAUAAUUUAAAUGAAACAACGAUCUUAGACUUUGGACAAAAUAUUGGUCUUUUUGAACCAGUUGAAAAAUGGAUUGAAUUUAGGAAUAAUACACCCAUACCAACAAGAAUAUGCGUAGAUACUGGGAGAUUAUCUACAAAAACUAAUUAUGCUGAUUAUGAGAAUUUUCCUCAUAAACCUAAACUUGGCGCUGUGAAAUAUUUAUUCUUAACAUCAAGACAAUCUACUGAAAAUUAUUUAAGUAGUCAAAAUGUUCUACACGACGUGGAUGAUCAUAAAACUCAAAUUAGGAUUCUUUAUGAUUGGUGUAAUUUAUUAUUGAAACAGUCGAAAGGUGCAUGUGUACUAGCACAUUCAGCUAUAUCAUCCACCAAUUAUACAACAGAUUUUCAAUUAGCCGAGCUUAAACCAAUUACUAUUAGUCAGUAUACAACUACGCUACCAACUAUUCCAUCAUGGUAUUUACCAGGAUAUGGUUCACUAAGGAUUUGUUUCAUAUGUGUAGCCAAUCUAUGGGGAGUUUAUGAAGAUAACAUUUAUAUUUAUGUAUUGCCAGAAUUUGAUCUUACAUCUGAAUCCUAUCUAUCACCUGUUGUAUUUUGUACAUCUUUCAAAGUAGUUGGAUGUCCAAUUUAUUCAUUAGCCGCAGGUCAUUUCGGUGAAUUAUCGAAUAAAGCAAUACUGAAUACUGAUGUAAAGAAUGAUUCAAUAUUUCCUAAAACUGCUUUACCAGUUAAAGCUACAAGACAAUUUAUACGAUUCGGUAGUGCAUUGUUUAAUGGACCAGUUGUUAAACGUCAAAUACGUUUACAUAAUUCAUGUGAAGCUGCUAUUCGAAUUGAUUGGCAAGUGUUUUUGGAUUCAGAAAUAGAAGAUCAUAAUCAAUUGAUUAAUCUUUUAUGUUUCAUAUCAGAACCUUUUAAAAAUAUUUCAUAUAAUCAUCAAUUGAAUAAAGAAAAAUCAUUGACUGGUGAAUAUUUAAUACUGAAUGAACCAUCAGCUGAAGAUUCCGCUAAAAAUCAAUUAAUUAAUUUAGUACUUCGACCAUAUGAUGGAAAAUUAAUCUGGGAAUCAUCAUCAUCUCAAAUUAUUCCAUCAAAUAAUGAUAAUUUUAGUAAACUAUUCAUCAUAUCACCUGAACAGUUGAUAAUACAACCACAUGAAGAAGCUACAAUUACAAUUUUAAUGAAUCCAAUAGAAGCGUAUUCAGAUAUGAAAUGUUAUGAAAUUUUCAAUUUAAAAGCUCAUAUAAUUGGUUAUUUAACUAUAGACUCAAAAUAUUAUUUGGAUAUUCCACGUACACAUGCAUUAAUCACAGAACAAUUACGUUUUGAUAUAACUGCUAAAUUGGAACAACCUAGAUAACAGUUGGUUAUCUGUUAGAAAAGGAUUUAUGCCUUCAUAAUAUCACUUCAAAUAAUUUGACAGAUUCGGCAAGCAGCUUACAGGUGAAUGAUUCUUAUUUCAUUUUAAAAAAUGAAAUUUUAUUUCAAUUUAAUCAUUUCAAUCAUAAUAAUAUUCAAUCAAAUUUCAAUAAUUCAAUAAUCAAUAAUAAUAAUAAUAUAAAUGAUCUAUUUAAAUUAUAUACACAAAUUACAAUUAUUCGACCAAAAUUUAAAUUAUUUCCUAAUGAUAAUUUAAAUUUUCAUACUGUUUUAAUUGGACAAAUAAAAAGAAUAGAAAUUAAAAUUCAAAAUUUAACACAAACUUCAACAUUUUGGUCAAUACAACAAUAUGAUAUAAAUAUUGUAUUUGGCUGAAUGCUCGUUUACAGCGAAACCAACAAGUAGAAAGUAUUGACAAUAAUAUCAGAUUACUAUGAAAAAAAUCAGUUGACAGUGUGAACGCUUAUCUAUGAAAUUUGUUGAAAAAUAUAUUAUAUGAGCAUAUUAUGCUAGAUAUUAUAUAAUUAGGUGAGAAAGAGAAUAGAAGAGAACAAUCAAAAGUAUCAAAUCACAUAAUGAAGUUAGUAACUGUUAUUCUGUAGCUUGUUUGGUUUUUUUUAAGCAUCUAAUAACUGUCAACGUUAGUUGACGGUGCUCAAAAUCGAUCGUAUUUACUCAUAUGUACUUGUUUACCAGUUCCUGCUAAACUUUAAAGUUUACUAAUAUUACAGAAACGUUAUUUCUUUAAUUUAUUCAUUUUUGAUAGACAUAUUUUUUUUAUUACUGAUAGAAAUUAUAUUUGAAAUAAUCUUAGCAACUAAAAUUUAAAUCAUCCCAACUUUUUGGUAUGUUCAAAUUUCUUGAUUGAACAUAAUAUUUGAAUGACUUCAUAUUUUGUCUUCUUAGAUUCCUCUCGAUUCUACUUUUAGAAUGUAUAAAUUAGUAGGUAAAUUAAAGCAAUAAAGGUUUAUAUGCUUCUUUUCUAUAAUCAUAAAAUUGUUAUUAUCUCAUCUUAUUAUUAUCUAAUUAAUUGUUAUUGACUUCGAUUAAAGAAAAAUUAUAAAUAAUAAAGUCAUAAGAUAAAUUUAAUUCAACUUACAUAAUAAGGUGAUUUCUGUUGUUCUGUGAUCUAACACCCAUUACCUUACUAAUCAAUAAAAAAUUUCUAUAAAAGAUAAUAAUUAAACGAAAAUUACUCAGUCAAUAUAGCAUGUGCUCACUAGUGACUAGCUU